AUGCUCAAACAACAAUUGUCACCACGGAGUAUCCACCCAUAUCAAACUACCGUUGUACCUCGGAGCGAGAAACAAUUCGUGUCGGCCACACAACAAAGGGCCAAGUAUCCGUGGGCUGAAGACAAUAAUACUCCGGUAUAUCAAGUUCCAGGAACAGAUAGUUCUACUUCAGAAAACGCUUAUCAUGUUCCUCAGUAUUACCAAAGUUCUCGUAGGGAUUAUGGGCCACCAUCACCAGUGUAUCAAACUCCAUAUGCCACUGGAACGUGGCGGAGUUAUAAAAAAAGCGAGAAUUUUACCUCAAAACCAAUCCCGUCCAAUACAUAUUCAUUUCCUACAUGUUCAUCUGCAUUUUCAUUGCCUGCAUGUGAUGUGGAUAGUAGAGCAAUUAACCGAUCUCCCGUGCCUACUGUACCUUCUGUGAGUCCAGAGGUUCCUAUAAUUGGUGCUUGUGGUGGCCACUGUCCUGGAUUUGAAUAUGUGUGCUAUUAUAUUUUACAAGUGAUAUUUGUAGUAGGUGUAUUAACAGGAAUCUCUCUUUGUAUUGCUGGAAUUGUGUUAAGAAGAACUAACAGGAAUGGAGACCUUGGGGUUUUAGUUUAUAUAGGUUGUCUGUCUUCUUGUGUAUGUGGGGUUCUGCUUGGUGUCCAAUGUUGUGUUCGCCGUGAGAUAAGACAAAGGAAGCUACGUGCCAAUUUGCAUAUUCCAAUGCAAUCCAUACAGGAGGCUCCAGUCCAAGCUUGCCCAUUGCUGCCAUCUACAUUACCUCAUACUCAUAGUCAAGUGUAUAGACCGACUACUGCCGCGGCGUGCCCCGCGGAGGACGUCACGGGCGUCCCGUGGUGGCGCCGCACUAGAGAC